GAGCGAAAAUUUAAAUUAUAUUAGUAGUAUUUCAGAAGGAACGACUGGUGUUAAACGUAUCAUUAUUAAAGAGACAAGAUGAAAUCUAUAUUCGUAUUUUGUGGAAUAUUAUUUGCACUAUGUAUCUUCGUGCUAGUUGAGGGAGAUUGUGAGUGGUACGACGGAAUAUACCCAGUUGGUGAACACAUUUUUAAUUGUUCAAGAUUCACCUGCAGUGAAUCUGGCAGUUGGUAUAGUGUCGGAUGUCCACUGUAUAUGUGUGAAGAAACAAUCGGAUACGAAGAAGUAGAUUUAAAUAAACCUUAUCCAGAAUGUUGCGGAGGACCAAUCUGUAAAGAUAAGACACCCUAACGUACGAGCACGUAACUAUUCGAAAAUUACUUACAAACGAUUGGAAGAUGAAAAUGACAUCACGCAAAAAAAUAUUUAGCAGUAAUAACCGUUUUAUCAGAUUUUACGUAUAUCUAAAAGAGUUAUUGUCUGUGUAACAGUUUCAAUUAUACUGAAGAAGCUUACCUUGGACUGUAACGUUUACUCAAUGUAAUACCCAAUGAAUAGUAGAGUGACUAAUGUUUGUAUCAUCCUCUACCAAUGAUAGCUUUGGCAUUUACUUUAUGUACUAAUUUCUAAAAAGGAAAUCGCGAGAAGUAACGAUAGAAAA